AUGUCCUGCGUUUGUUCCAGCCACGACUGGUUAAGGCUUGUUCAGCGCUCAACAGGCGUUUACGUGCACCAUGGAAGGUGCCUAAGCCACCUGAGGGAACGGUUGAUCUCUCCACGGACCCAGUUACCUUCACUCACCCUCUUCCUAGGACAAAGACGAAAGGAUGUCGCACUCCGUUACCUAUUUCCAGAAAACCAGAUCCCAGCCGGACACCCUAGUCUUCAAUUAGAUGUAGACAAUCGAACACUAUUUGCCGAUCAUCCGUUUCUGUUUGCACAAUGUGAUCCUCAUAUUACACCACUGGACCCCGUGCCCAACGACGGUGUGCGAGAGGAGAUCCACAUUCACUGGGCCUCUCCCGGCGAUCGCCGCCUCUCGGACAUUCUCCUAGCUCGUGUGCUUUUCUUGUUUGUGGAUGUCAUCUGUAUCUUCGCUGACGAUAUCGGUGGCCUAGACGCAGUGCGCACAUCACUGUCGACCUGGGCGACAGUGGGCCGAAGCGCAUCAAGUCUGGAGCACCGGCCUCGCGUUCUGAUCGUGGCCGAGGCAAACGGCCAAAGCGUCACCCAUGACCUUCUCGAUGAGAGCGACUUCCUGUUUCUGCUGAUGCAGGACCGUAACGCAAUGGAGGUCUUCAGCACUCCGAGUUUGCUCCACUUGCCUGGGGGAGACCUGUCCAAUAUGGCCCGGCACCGGUCCUUGAGGGACGAGCUAUUGAAAGCGGUGGAUUUGAGCCGCCGGCAUCGGAAAGAGGACGGAUACCUGUUCUCGGCGGCGCAUUUGGACCGCUUUUUCCAUUGUGCUCUCACCCAUGCCUGCCGCACACCACAGUUGCCGUUUGACUUCGUCCAAAGCGCCCAUGGAGCCAAUGCGAGAGGCGUGGCGCACAGCUCCCACCUGACCAACUUCUUAGCCCUCACAAGCGCGCGGGGAUGGAAACAUGAGGAUCAGGCCGCCUUCAUCGCUUCAACGCUCCUGGUGGAUGCAUAUCCCCAGGAGUCACACUCCCGGCAGCUAUCUUUGACUCGUUAUACCGCCAUUUUUGUGAAGAAGCGUUGA